AUGACUUCUAGAUUUACUGUGGUGUGUUGGAUAUGCAUCCUAGCAAUAUGCUUUACUGGUGUUCUAAGUACUGGGUCAAUCCAGCACAAGUCAAGGUUGUAUGGAGAUUUAUUGAUGUCUUACCACAAACUGAUCUCUCCGCAAGAUGGGAAUGAGACACAAUUGGUUGUCAAGAUGGCGUUAUCAGUAGGAAGAUUAUAUAAUAUUGAUUCCGAGAACAUGGUAAAAGUGGGGUUGUACAAGAGAUUUAAAUGGAAUGACCAUCGUUUACAAUGGGAUUCGUCAAAAUAUGGUAAUAUUGUCAGCUUGCAUCUGCCAGUAAGUGUAUUGUGGAAUCCUGAAAUGGAUAUACAUCUGAAACACGGGACAGAACAAUAUACUGAUUCAUCGACAUCGACAAAUGCCAUAGUAGACAACACUGGUGACAUUUCUCUGUUCACGUAUCCUGCGACACGAACUCAAGUUCAGUGCGAAAACAGCGCCACCAAAGACCAAUAUGUGUGUUCGUUCGUUUAUAUACUCUGGACCUACGACAGUACGGAAAUAGAGUUGGAUUUGAUGGAGGAUGGCGCCAUAGAAACCGACUUGUACAAAGAAAGCCUAGACUGGAAAUUAGUUGGCAACUCCAGUGAAAGAUUGGAGACGUAUUCUCCGGAUAAUCGCAGUGUUAAAACACAUGAACUGGUCUAUUCCUUGAUAGUCAAACGAAAUCAAGACAAUACGUCGUCGUGUGUCAAACCUUGUG